AUGUUAAUGCAGGAGAUGCAGUUCUUGUGUUUUUGCAGCCAUGCACCACCGGUUGCAUUCUUCAGUGCAGCAGGUCCUCAAGGGCGACAGGGCUUUUCCUUUUUCCUUCUCCGGUUCUUGGCCAAUGGGAGGACGAAGAUCCUCUGCCGGUCCGGUAUAUAUGUCCUCUGUCACCUUAGGUCUGCAUCAGGUACAUCCUCGACAAGGAACGCACCAGCAACAGCAAUGGCAUCAUUCAGAGUUUUCGUUGUCUUCGCAGUGGCAGCCAUCUGCGCCGUUGCGGCCGCGGAGGAGAAGAAGGAAGGCAUGAUGAUGAUGAAGUACGCUGAUGACGACGGUAGCUAUUGGCCAGGCAAGUACGAGAGGUCCUUGGUGAUGCCAGCCAUCCACGGUGUUGUCCCAGGAGUGGUACCAGCCAUGCACGCUGUGCACCCAGCAGUCUACCCUUACGGAUACGCUCAUCUCCCAGCAGCCACCAGGGCCUACGUUAUCUAAACCGCAGGAAUGAAAAUGGCGUCUUUUAUGGUUUACAAUAUGUCUUCUGUUCUGUAUGAAUAAAACGGGCUUUUUUCUUUAUGAAUAGUUUUUUCUCCACUUG